AUGAAAGGGACAGUUGACUCGAUGCCAGCAUCUAAACGACCCAGGAUUUUAGUUUACGACAUUGGAUUGGCGAAUUAUCAGAAAAAAUGGUCAAGAGUCUUACUCGAGAAGGGAUAUUUAAAUGAAUUCAGGGAAUUUGAUUUUGAAAAGUAUCCGGGAUUUUGGAAAGUAGAUAACGUGACUAGAGGAGAAUAUGCAUGGAAGGCUGGUAUAAUAUCCGAGGUUAUUAAAGAUUAUCCUGGGCCAAUAUUUUGGCUCGACUCAGGAACUUAUGUAAAGUCGGAAUUUUUGAAACGAUUUAAUCUCAUUUUGGAUUAUUACGAUGGUUUCUUUUCACCUAGAUCAUCUGGUAAAAUGUUAAAAUGGACACAUCCAGGCGUUUUCAAAUAUUUUAAUGAUGAUCCAAAAAAAUAUUCAGAUUUUGUAAAUUGUAAUGGGGCAGCAAUAGCAUUAGAUUCGAAUAGAGUAGGAAAUUUAAUAAAUAAUUGGGUAGAAUGUGCUCUAGUAAAAGAAUGUAUUGCUCCAAAAGGCAGUAAUAGAGAAAACCAUCGACAAGAUCAAGCAAUAUUAACAUAUUUUGUAGCAAGAGAGAAACGGCACUGUGUAAACAGAUUGGGAGUUUUUGGAUUGAGGACUCACAUGGAUAGAGAAUGUGCGAAAAAUAUUUAUUUCUAUGAAAAAUUAAAUAACAUUACCUGGUCUCCAACUAAAGAGGAUUUGAAAGAGAUUGAGGAGUUGAAAGAGAUAUUCAUUGAUCAUUAUAUAUAUGAUAUUUGGAAUCCUGGAGCUGAAGAACAAACACUGGACAGAAUUCGUAAGAAUGAAACAUUCUAA